AUCUUCUUAUUUAACUAAUGUUAUUUCUUAGAAGCAUCAUUUGUUGUAAAUGUGUUUUUCUCUUCACAACUCCACCGCAUCAAAUUUUUCUCUUUAUAUGACCACCCAUUUUAAGUGUUUGCAAAGUCCUAAAACCAAUUAUCAGCAAAAAAAGAUGAACUGGAAGUUGGUUUUGCUAUUUGGUUGGAUUCUCCUCUCGUCUAUUGCAUCAAACCCAACUUUGGCUAAAGUAACAUAUCCACCUCGCACGACAAGAAAAGGGCUUGGAAAUAUACACAUCAACAAAGGAAUGAAGAUUGGCUUUACAGGCAGUUUUUCUAGACCUGCUCCUCACGGAGGCGGUCCACCGAAGAUCAUUUCUAAGUUGUGAAAUGUAUUUAUCUUAAUUAGCGCUCUAGUCUAUUAACUUGUGAUUUCUGAUUAUUUGUAAAGUUGUUUCAUUGUGUGUGGCUCUUCGAAUAAAUGAAAUGGAACUUCGAUAUCUAAAUUA